AUGGGCAAAAAAACAAAACUCACCGGUUUAUCUCGUUUCCUGCCACAAGAAUUUCUUAAUCCAAACGCUACUAGCCUUCCAGAAAAAUCACAGAAUCAGAGCAGACCUAUAAAGAAACGCAAAACGGAAAGCCCUGCCAGUGAUCCUGUUCACACAAGAUACGAUGCCACCGCCCUAGUUCCUCACUACACUACCGCUCACGAGGUUCCAGAACAUCUUCAGAAAUAUUUUUCCCAACGGAAACGUUACUUUUCUCUAUACGACCAAGGAUGUCUAUUAGACGAAGAAGGCUGGUAUAGCGUGACACCUGAAAACAUUGCCAUACAAAUUGCAGAUCGCUGUCGAUGCGAUACAAUCCUCGAUCCUUUCUGUGGCGUCGGAGGAAAUGCGAUCGCUUUUGCAAAAACCUGCGAGCACGUCAUUGCCCUGGACAUCUCCCCAACACGACUCGCUUUGGCUCGUCAUAAUGCUGCUAUCUACGGUGUUGCAGACCGCAUUGAGUUUAUCCUCGCAGACUAUAUCUCAUUUGCGAACGCCUAUCUUUCACGACCCCAGUCAACGCGCAGUAUUGACGUUGUCUUCUUGAGUCCCCCUUGGGGUGGCCCAGGAUACAUUUCUCCCACCGAAAACCAUGCCUCUGCCGACGACAAUGCGGACUCCCAGGAUGAACUAGAGACUCACUCACAAUAUAGUCUCUCGAGGAUAGAGCCGAUUCAUGGAGCUGAUUUAUUUCGCCUGACGAAGCGUAUUUCGGAUAAUAUUGCCUACUUCCUUCCCAGAAACACGGACUUGAAUGAAAUAUCCGCCCUGGGCCUACUUGAAAAAGACGAAAGCGUCACCCCUGAUGACAAGUCUCGAAUGAUUGAAGUGGAGGAAGAGUGGAUGGGGUCAAAGUUGAAAGCUCUGACUUGUUAUUUUGGUGGUUUAGUUGCUGGGCAAGUCUGA